AUGAAUUCAAGAUAGGAGGUAGGCAGUAGAAAUUAGAAGAUUUUCGUGAAAAUCCAUUGCUUGGAUCAAAUAAUAUAUUGUUCCAAAAAUCUUUUCAAAAUUUCAAUUUUAAUUUCCAUUUUAAACAAAUAGCAUUUUAGUUGCUUAAUUUUGAAAACAAUUCCUUAAAAUGCAAUUUUUAAAUAUUGUACUAUUAUAAUUAUAAUAUAAUUGAAUAAUAAUGAGUUAAUAAUUUACAUUUUAUAAAAUGAUACAAUCAAAAAUUAUAGAAAAAGCAGAAGAUUUUUGUUUUUCUAUGAAUCAUUAUCAUCCUAUAUAACUAGUAGUUUGCCAUAGGAGUUUCGGGAAGAAUAAAAACUGCUAUGUUAAAAAUCCGUCGACAAUUUAGACUCUCGCCUCUAUAAUGCAAUAAAUUUUUGGAAGGCUUCUUGGAAUAAUUCAAGAUAAUCAAAAGAAGAAGGCUUAAUAUGUGGAAAGUGCCAUUUGAUAAAUGUCUAAUAGAUUGAAAAACUCAAGGAAACAAUAAUUCAAUUAAAAUCAAAAAUCAAUAUGUAAUUAGAUGAGUUCAUUUAGAAGACAACUGAAUGGGUGCAAAUAUGA